GGUACCUGGAGCCUCAACUGCGAGGCCCGGCGCGCGUCAGGCUCCGUGCGCGCGGUAGCUGGUUCCCGUCUGAGGGAUCGGGGGGGGCGCUGUCCGCACAGUCCCGCAGCUGCUGCCCCCUCCCUGGGUUGUGCAUACGGGGAGCGCUGGGCUGGUGCCCAUCACUGGAGAGUAAAUAGCCCCUUCCAAUCCCUGUGAAUGGGGCACCUAUUCCUGCGCCCCGUAGACUCUUAUCCCGAGCUCUGGGUUCUCCCUCCCUUCCCUGGCCCUACAGAGAGGGGUUUGUAACUCUCCACAACUACCGCACUCCAGUGACUUUUCUAUUGUUGCUUGUCCCUUUAUUUCGCUAGGCUGAGGCCAGGCUCACCGGACUGCCAUUGCCAGGACAGCGCUACUUUGGACAGAUGGCUGCUGAGGAAUCCCAACCCCUGUUGAGCUCCAGGAAGCCAAGUGAGCAAUGGCUGCUGCCUGCUGAGAGCUUCCCUGUGCUGGAUGUCUACCUGAGCAAAGUCCAGAACAGAAAGCUCUAUCUGGCCACCUUUGCUGCUGUUUUGGGACCCCUCAGCUUUGGAUUUGUCCUAGGUUACAGUUCACCAGCUAUUCCAGAUCUGAAGAAAAUUAGUGACCCUAAAUUAAGAUUAGACACCAACGAAGCAUCGUGGUUUGGGUCUGUAGUAACAUUAGGAGCUGCUGCUGGAGGAAUACUGGGAGGCUGUAUGGUGGAUAAAGUUGGGAGGAAGCUGAGUUUGAUGCUGUGCUCAAUACCAUAUGUCUCUGGGUUUACAAUUAUCAUAUCCGCCCAGAAUGUCUGGAUGCUUUACAUUGGACGAAUAUUGACUGGGUUAGCCAGUGGCAUUACUUCACUUGUUGUUCCAGUGUAUAUUUCUGAAAUAUCCCACUCAAAAAUUCGAGGAACACUUGGCUCAUGUGUUCAGCUGAUGGUGGUGACUGGUAUACUGGGAGCUUAUGUUGCAGGAAUGGCACUCAGAUGGCGCUGGCUGGCUGUGCUGUGUUCUUUCCCACCCUGCAUAAUGCUCGUGUUCAUGUCCUUCAUGCCUGAAACACCUAGGUUCCUGCUGAACCAGAAAAAACGCACUGAAGCUAUGGCUGCUUUACAGUUUCUGCGGGGAUCAGAGGUGGACCAUGAAUGGGAAUGCAGGCAGAUUGAAACCAGUGCUGAGGAGCAGCACAGACUAAGUGUUGCUGAAUUUAAGAAUCCAUCUGUCUACAAGCCAUUUCUUAUUGGUGUGGCACUGAUGUUCUUCCAGCAAGUAACAGGGAUUAAUGCAAUUAUGUUUUAUGCAGAAACUAUCUUUGAAGAAGCUAAUUUUAAGGACAGCAGAAUGGCCUCUGUUGUUGUGGGUUCCAUACAAGUGUUUUUCACAGCUGUGGCUGCACUUAUUAUAGAUAAAACUGGGCGAAAAGUACUGCUUUCUAUUUCAGGUUUUGCCCUUGGUUGGGGUCCCAUUCCGUGGCUGGUGAUGUCUGAAAUAUUCCCACUUAAAGCUAGAGGAAUUUCCAGCGGUGCCUGUGUCUUAACAAACUGGUUUAUGGCUUUUUUAAUAACCAAGGAAUUUCAUGAUCUUACAGGCUUCCUGACUUCCUAUGGCACUUUCUGGCUUUUCUCUGUCUUCUGUAUUCUAAAUGUAAUUUUUACUGUCCUGUAUGUGCCUGAAACAAAAGGAAGGACAUUGGAACAAAUAGAGGCUCACUUCCGAAGAUCACCUGCGACCUGAGGUUCUUUACCCUGUAGGAAAGUUUUCCUAUUAGGUUACUGUUAGUGUUAUUGCCUAAACUUUUCCAAGAAACAUCCUCUGGAUUAGUAGGCUGCACCUGAAUUCAUGAUGUGGUUAAACAUGGUUUAAAUCAACUUCUAAUCAAUUUUGUUAACUUUGGCAAAAAUCGGAAUUGCAUGGUGGAGAACCAAAACAUUGUUCUCAUAUGCAUGUACGCAUUCAGCUUCUUUCAGGUUUACAAAGCAGCAGGUGGUGCUAAUUCACUGUGAUACAUAAGUUAUUCUCUCCUUUUCCCAGGCCUUGGAGCUUCAUUUGGGCUGUCACUGUUUUUCUCUUUCCAAUGUUCCCUUUACCUACUGUAGAUUAGUGAUGAAGGCUGAAUAACUGCUUUUAAUGGAUUAGCUGGUAUGCUGUUCAUUCUGUCUCUUAUUGCAUGAGCCAGUCCUUUGUGUUAGGGAUUGGAAGGAAUCCCCUCUUCCCUGGCCCGGUGUUUAGCACAGUGUAUGUAGUACAAAUGAAACCUACUAUUGCCUGAACUGCAUUAACUUCAUACCCUAUUUUGAUUCUUCCACUGUCUUCACCUGUGCUUGUAUGGGUAGUGGCCUGACUAUUGAACAAAGUCCAGGCCACUGGUGAGUACAAGUCCUGCAAUUAAUGCACCAGCCAUCAGCCCUCUUCAGAUGUCUGUAUGCUUGAUAAAUUGCUGAACACCCUCCAAGAGCCCUAAUGUCAGGAGGGGGUUUGAGCACCGCGGGGAAAUAUAUCAUGAUAUUUAGUUGUAAUCUUGUGGGAAAAGCAGGCUAAAACAGAGCAUUUUAAAAUUUCAAAUAAAUAUCUUCAGCGGUGUUAACAUU